GACAAUGGAUUAAUCUCUGAACAUUAAAAGAUGUUAUGAUACACAAUUUAAAUUUAAUUUCUGAGUCUUCUGAUAAAUGAAAUAUUAAAUAUUGUUUGUUUGCAUGCUGCCCCUCUUUAAUUUCCAAAGUCUUUAACUGACCAAAUACUUAAACAACGGUGCGUUAUUUUGAUCAAAAGUUCCAGAUAUGCCUCUGUGAAGAACAUUUUUGCAGAGCAGAUGUGAAAAAUAGCCUUUAGAGAGAUUGUAGUGUUCUGUUUGAUCUGAUGAAAAUGGAGGACUGACAGCAUUUUAGUAUAAUGAGCAAGUCUAGUUUAUAACUAAUAAUGUAUAAUUGUAGUUUAGUAAACCUCAAGCGGUCGGUUUCUUUAGAGCCUGAAUGAAGCUUUGAAAGUGGAAAAGAUUUAAGUUAUGAGAGGAAACAGGAAACUUAAAUAAAGAAACUGUUGCAAUAGUGUGUGUGUGUGUGUGUGUGUGUGUGUGUGUGUGUGUGUGUGUGCGUGCGUGCGUGCGUGUGUGUGUGUGUGUGUGUGUGUGUGUGCGUGCGUGCGUGAGGUUUGAGGGCGUGACCUCAUCAUUAAGAGAAGUAAGAAGUUCCUGGUUUGCAGUGAAGAAGAAGAGAAGCAGCAUUAAACCAUCAGAGCUCUGAGAUGAAACACACUUUGGUCUGCUUCAUCUUCCUCACAGCACUUCAGGAUGGAAACACUGGUUUGGUCAAAGCACAAACUCUCCCCCGCAGAGCAGAGGAAGGAGGAAACAUCACAGUUGCAUGCAGGUUUUAUUUGUCUGGAAGCAGGAAACUCUUCUGUAAGGAAAAAUGUGAAAAAGGAAACAUUCUUGUUGAAACAUCUGAUGAUGCAGCUCAGAACGGCAGAUACAGCAUUAAAUAUGAACAAACAGAUACUCUGUCAUAUACUCUGUAUGUGAGCAUCACACAGCUGAAACAGUCUGACUCAGGAUGGUACAGGUGCUCUUUGGACAGAACUUUGUUGACAGAUGGAAACGAUGAUUUUGAGCUGAUUGUCACAGAAGCUUCAACCACUUCAACACCAAACGGGACUCUGAGACCUUUUUCAGCUUCAGUGUUUCUCUCAUCAGCCUCCACACCACCAACAACACAGAGUUUAAGCUCAACUUCAGGAAGCUCCACACCUUCAUCAGCCUCCUCUGAAACCAAAGAUGCAAGAUCAGAUGUGCUGAUUUAUGUGGGUCUGAUUCUGGUCGUUAUGAUCGUCGUCUUAUCAGCAGCUCUGCUGAUUUUCUACUUGAAGAGCAGGACCACUAAACCCAGAGGACCUCCUGUGGAAACAGAGUAUGCUGACAUGCCGGCAGAUAACCUCUGCUACGCUGAAGUGGAGUUUUCCCACAUUCCUGUCACCAGCAGCGCCCCCUGUGGUGAAGCAACUGAUGUUGUCUACUCAAUGCCUCAGGUGGACCUGAGUACUGCCAUCCACACCAAAGAUUCUUCACCUCCUCUGUACUCUACUGUUUCCUCACUAUGAAUUACAUCAGUACUUUUUUUAAACCUGUCCUGUCCAGCAGAAUAAUGGUCUGAAUGCUUUGUUGUGCCAAACAUAUUUGCUUUCCCAAGAGGAGCAGCAUAGACUCUCUGUAGGCUCCUCUUUUUAUGUUUUUGUUUUAUUUAUUUAUUUAAUUUCAUUAUUCAUUUUUUUCUGUAUGAAUAUUAUGUUGGAGCGGACAGGGGGUGAAGGUCAGACAGGUAAAAGACAGGAGAUGAAAUCAGAGGAACAGAAGAAGAAAAGGGACAGAAAAACGAGAGAAAACAAUGAGGGUGGGGGAAAAAUCGAGGAUGAAGUAUGCAGUUAUAUAGCCUAAUGUUAAAGUUGUUUUUAUUACAGCUGCUUCUAAUUUAGUUCAACAGAUACAUAAUUUAAAAAUGUUGCUUUUAUGAUUCUGGAUAAAUUUAGUGAAACGAUUGCAGAAAACAGACUGCUAUGAAACAAGAUAUAUUUUAAGGAAAACAAAAAGUGAAGAGAUGCAGUAAUCUACAUGUUUUUAAUGAAAAUAAACAUGAAC